AUGCUCGACCAGACCGAAGUGAACGAGAACCCAGAGGGGGUUGAGACGAAGGUUUACGAAGAUGGGACUACCAUCACGACGCGCCCGAGGCAAGGGCCUGUUCCACAGCUCUUCGCGACUUCGAAUGAGGUGCGCGAGAAGUACCAACGGGAUCUUCCAACGCGGGGUGAACGUAAGAACAAUAUGGCGAACAUGCCGGAGGCGUGCCACAACUCGCGCUGCGGCAAGUUGCAGGCCCGUUCUACAUUAAAGACGUGCUCUCAAUGCAAGGCCGCAUACUACUGCUCACCGCAAUGCCAAAAGGAGGACUGGAAAGAUCACAAGAAACGGUGUACCCCAGCAGGCGAAUCACCCGCCGAACUACCGUUACGCCUUGCUAGGCGUGCACUCGGUUCCGAUAGGCUUGUUGACUACUUGACGUUCAUGGCCCUCACUACCUGGGAUCUACACAAGGAUCCGGACGCAGGUAACGACAAGCUUUUGGAAGUUGUCUGCGAUGUGCAGGUUGCGGACCUUAUGGCUUACAUGUCAAGACUCAUGGCAGGCCAACGCGAUGAUGAUAGCGCCGAGGUCUGCCUGAAUAUCGAAAGAAUAGGCGCUGUCUCGCUUGAUGACCCUCGGGUACCCGAGCACAUCUCACGCACAGCUCGAGAUGUCCGUCAUGGAAUGGCUCGUGCCCACACUCGCGAUACCCCACUAGUUACCUUCUGGUUUACAGUAUCGGGCGGUGAUCCCGAUCAUGGCCCGCUCUCUCAGCCUGACUCGCCGUACGAAAGCGAAGACGACGAGGCUCACCCGCGGACUCCAGAGGAGAAGACUGCGCGCAUGGAGGAAAAACGUGCCGAAGCCCAAAAGGAGUGGGAAGAGCAACGCAACAAGUUCAACGCGAAGGCUGACGCUGCCGCGCCCGUGAACGCGCACAAGAGCUUCACACAUACAGCGAUCGUGCAGGCGUGGCAGACCAAGCUCGCCCGCGAAAGAUCGUAUGAUAACAUCGAAUCGGGCCUCAUGGGACGCGUGAAGGAGGAAAGGACGCCGAACUCUAUGCGUCAGCAGUUCAACAAUUUCGUGCGAAUGGACAAGAAGAAUACUCUCAAGCUCCGUGCAUAUCCGGCACGCAAUGCGUGA